GAGAAUCGACUGACAGACAGCAGGAACGAGAAAGGGAACGCUCGGGAUGAGAACCAUCAGUAUGAGGAUAACAUCAAGCAGAAAAUACUGCAGGCAUCUCUGCCCUUUGUGAUCCAGUAUGGCUGGAGCAAAAACACUAUCAGUGCAGCACUCUGGGAUAUCCUGGAGUUAUCCAUGGUAUGUUUCCCACAAGGCGGGGCCGACCUCGUCAACCACUUCUACGCUACCUGUAACCAGGAACUUGCCACACAGCUGAAGCUAGCUGCGGAGAGCACAGACAAAACUAGCACAAAGGAGCCGCAAGUGUUUGUGCGCGACGCAGUAGAGACAAGGCUGCGCAUGAUCACACCGUAUCUCGCACAAUGGCCGCAAGCUCUCGCACUGAUGACAUUGCCGCUGCCCAAUGUCCCCACAGCCCUCGCAAACUUGCUCACUCUGGUGGACGACAUCUGUUACUACGCAGGAGACAGGUCUGUUGACUUAAACUGGUACAGUCGGAGGGUGGCGUUGGCAGCGAUCUACAAGAUGACAGAGCUGUACAUGCUCCAGGACUCUAGUGAGGGCCACGUUGCAACUUGGGAGUUCCUCACGCGCCGCGUGGAUGAGGCAGCACAACUACACUCUGUGCUGCUACAGUCCGAGACGGGUGUGGCGUUUGCGCAGGAGCUGGCCUCCGCCACCUUUACCACGGCCCGGAACAUCCUCGGACUACAAAGAUAGCCUUGGCGUUACCAGUAGAACCGAGUCAAGCUCUCCCAUUUCACAUAAGUAUUUAUUCUCGUGUUGUAGAUAUUGUAUAAGUAAAUUUGUUAUUUUUUAAA